GAUUCCCGCGCGCGAGAGCGACUGCCGAUAAGCCUCAGGUAUUCCCCACUUAACACUAGAUGACAAAUGACUGUGGAGAAGGUAUGUCAAAGGGCGUAAUGUGAAUAAGUCUUAAAAGCCUCAUAUCCAUCGCGUCUAUCUCAACUUUACUGUUAGCUGUCGGAUAUCGCAACCAAAACACAAUGUCGUCGUCAAACGUCGUUCUAUACGAUCUGCCAAGCCGGGGUGGCUUUUCGUGGUCAUUGAACCCAUGGAAGACUCGUAUGAUCCUGAACUAUAAGAAGAUCGACUACACGACCGAAUGGGUAGAAUACCCUGACUUGGCCCCCAAGUUCAAAGCCCUCGGCAUCCCACCCAACCCGAAAGACGCACCAGGCUAUUUCACCGACUAUAGCAGUCCCGCUAUCAAGCAUGCAAACGGCACCUACCAGAUGGAUUCUUGGCCUAUUGCCUACGAGCUUGAGAAGCAACACCCAACUCCGUCUUUGCAUCUCGAUGACCCCAUUGUUGUACAGAUCAGGGAUCAAAUUGCUAAGAUAGCUGGCCCACUGAUGGCUUUGCUCAUUCCUCAGGUACCAGUAGUGCUGCUAAACAAGCCGAGUGUGGACUACUUCUACGAGACGAGGGAGAAGAUGUUUGGCAAGCCGCUCGAACAAGUAGGGAAGGACGCCAAUCCAGAUGAGUGUUGGGAGGCGGCCAAGGCACCAGCGAAGGAGGCGGGCGAUUUGCUCAGGAAGAACGGCGGGCCUUAUUUUCUGGGUCAGACUGUCUCGUAUGCCGACUUCAUCCUUGUGUCGAUGCUGCACUUCGUCAAGUGCAUAGGCGAGGACAAGUUCAAGAAAGUUCUGGCUCUCGAUGACGCCUUCCCCAAGUUGUACGAGGCGUGUAAACAGUGGUUGGAGAAGGACGACUAAACUGUUCCUGGCAAGCGCCAGUGCCCAAUCUAAUCGAUCGACUGCUCUUUCUCUCGUGCGCUCGGAGUGUGUGUAUCAAUAGCUUUUAUAAACCUUAUGCACAUGAGGUUUUGCUGCACUGCAUGCCAUGCGCCACACUGCCCCUCUCUCAAGUCUGCCAGACUGCUUGACCAAUCUGACUGUGCAGCAUUAGCGCGGCCACGCUUCUUGCCUUGC